CGGCCGUGCCGGCGUCGGCCGACCCCGCCAGCUGACGGACGGGCCAGCCGCCGAGUCGUACCUCCGCCACACGUUCCUCCGUCAGGUACCGAUCGGUCACCUUCGAAGAAGGCGGGGCGCGCGUGGGUGACCGCGAACGACGAAACCCGACUCGCGGCGCUCGCGCGCUUCGGAGCCGAUUUAGCGCCAGCGUGCUGCAGCAACCGCAGGCAACCUUCCCGGCCAGCCGCGGCCGCUCUGUGUCCCGGGUCAAGAGGUUGCGCGGAGGAGUGAGCACGACGCCACGCUCCAGACACCAUGGCGGGAACCGGCGGACAUCGCGUUAAUAUCGAAGACACUGCCGGCAGCUAUUCAGGCCUGAGCGAGGCGGAGAAGGUGCGCGUGCGCCGCGAGGUGCUGCAGGAGCCGCAGGUGCAGGAGUCGGUGGAGGACAUGCGGGAGCGACUGCGCCUCAUGAAGACCAUCGUGGAUGACACGCGCGAGGUGAUGAGCGGCGCCGGGGGCGCCGAGGCGCGCCCCAAGGGCAUCGCCAUCGACGGCGCCAUGAUGGGCGCCAUCUUCACCGUUAUUUUGGCUGUCAUCCUCGGCGCGUCGGCGCACGCCUUCCAGAAUCUCUACUACGCCGUGCUUAAGCGCUUCGGUCGGUAAUGGCGCGACUGGGGCGGUCGGAACGCAGAAUA